CCAGGACUAAAACAGGACUAAAACAGGGCUAAACCGGGACUAAACCAGGACUAAACCGGGACUAAAACAGGACUAAUGACAGGCGGGUUGUUCCCGGGCGGAUGGCGGAGCUGAGGCGGGUCCUGGACCAGUUCAGAGGCUGCACUGACGCGGAGUCUCAGUGGCUCCAGGAGCUGUUUGUGUUUGUCCGAGCUCACCUGUGCAGUGGCCCCGCCCCCUCAGAUGACGUCAGGACUUCAGUGUCGGAGCUGAGUUUGGCGCUGGUGAAGAUCCUCCAGGAAACUUCAGCCUCCGGAUCUCUACCUGUGUCCUACAGGUUGGUUUCUGUGUCGGAGCUUGUGUCUCUGCAGCGUCUGCCCUGCGUCAGCUGCCUCUCCUGGACGACCAAUCAGCAUCGAGCGUGGGCCCGGGAGGCGGAGCAGAUCCCUGGACUCCGCCCAUUCCCCCGAGUGAAGCUGCUGCUGAUUGGAUGGCUGUGCAGGGGGCGUGGCCCGGACCUCAGUCUGAAGGACGCCACUGGAGAACUCAGCUGUCAGGUCCCUGCAUGGUCCCAGGGUCUGGACCAGGGUCUGGACCAGGGUCUGGACCAGGGUCUGGACCAGGGUCUGGACCAGGGUCUGGCCCGAGCCGUGUUUCUGCCGCACUGGAACUACAUCCCCCAUGAUGCACCGGGACGGGGGCAUCUGGAGCUGAUUGGCCGUCCUCUGUCACUGUGCCCCGCCCCUCAGGGGCAGGGAUUGGCCAGCAAGGCGGAGGGGGCGGGGUCUCUGAGUGUCAAUCAAGCGGCGACUCUUCUGCUGCAGCACAAGAGCAGGACGCGGCGCCGUGGCGAUGGCGGACACGUCUCACAGCGGCGCGUCUCAGUCAGGGGCCUGGUCUCUGCAGUUUGCCCCCUACUGGACAUCGGUGGAACCACAUUCUUCAUCUUUUCUCUGACACAAAACAACACGACCAUCAACGUCCUCGUCAAGGACACUUCAUGUCGGCUGUGGUGGAGCAGGAGCGUGCACGUGGGCAUGAGCGUGCACGUGACACAGCUGCGAGCGUGCACGUUACGCAGCUGGAACAGGAACAGCGUCCUGAGCGCCACCGGCCAAUCAGAGCUCACCGUUCACCCGGCAGACCAAUCACAGCCCUCCGUUCACCCGACAGACCAAUCACAGCCCUCCGUUCACCCGACAGACCAAUCACAGCCCUCCGUUCACCCGGCAGACCAAUCACAGCCCUCCGUUCACCCGACAGACCAAUCACAGCCCUCCUUUCACCCGGCAGACCAAUCACAGCCCUCCGUUCACCCGGCAGACCAAUCACAGCCCUCCGUUCACCCGGCAGACCAAUCACAGCGCGUCUUUGAAGAGAUGCAAACCCAGGACCAAUCAGAGGCUGAGGCUUUGCCCAGGGACCAAUCAGGACUGAGACGCUCCUCUGUCAUCAACUACAAGGGCACUGUCACGGAGGUCCUGAGCAGAGGGGCGGGGCUUUACGUGAUUGACAGAAAGGUGGGACUGUGUUUGGCCAAUCAGCCGCUGCCGUUGAGAGCCAUUAGACCCGGGGACACUUUACAGAUCUCAAACGUGCACGUUCUGCGGAGGCCGAGCCCAGACCACGCUCCCAUCAUGCUUUGCUGCUGUCUGCGGUCCAGCGUCACGGUAACGGCCUUCAGUCCCGGUUACCGCGGAGACGAGGAGGAGAGUUGCCCUGGAGACGGAGUUUUGCUGCGGUUACUGCUGCACAAGGACGUGGGCGUGGCCAUGUACCUGUGGAUGUGUCACGUGACCACAUGCCUCAGAGACAGCCUGAGUCCUCAGAAGGAGCAGUGUGUGUGUCUUUUGUCGUGGAAGAUUCUGGAGACUGUGACUGGACCCAGAAAGUCCCGACGCCGCGACAUCUACGGCGAGAUGAUGGACACGCCCCACACCUGCACCGUCUCCAAGUACGGCUCCGCCUCCUCGCUGCCGCACGUGCUCAGUGUGUCGUCGCUCCGCUCCUCGCUGCUCUCGCACUGCUGGUCCUCCCUCAGUCUGCACUCUCUACUACCCCCCGAUGGACAGAGUCUGAACUGCAGCCAGCUCAACGCAGCCAUCUCCUGGUCCCAUGUCGUCCUCGGAUCAGACCCCGGGGACCAGAGACCGGACCAGAGACCGGACCAGAGACCGGACCAGAGACCGGACCAGAGACCGGACCAGAGACCGGACCAGAGACCGGACCAGAGACCGGACCAGAGACCACCUGCAGACUUCACCUUGAGAGAGCGCCCCCUGCUGCUGGUGGGGAUGCUGCACCUCCCGUCUCCAGGAUCUGAGGCUCAGAGUCUGGAGCUCCGAGACUCCACCGGGACCGUGACCUGUGUGGUGACAGAGGCGGGACCGGACCGGGGUCUAGAUCAGGACCCGGAGCGGGACUCGCCUCGGGAGCAGACGGCCGCCUUCAGCACGGCCUGGAUCGGCUGCCUGGUCUGUGUGCGUCACUUCACCAUGGUAACGGAGAGGUUCAUCCAAUCUGAGUUCCCCUCCUUCAGACACCUGGAUCAAGAGCACUUCAUCUCCCGCAAAGAUGCCAGGAUUUACCUCCAGUUCUCGCUCGACCAGGUGACUGUGCUCAGCCCGUCCGUUUCCAUGGCGAUUCAGCUGCGUCAGGGGGCGGGGCCUGGUAGUGAUGCGAGUGGCGAGGAGUUGGAGCCCGAGGAAAGGAAGAGGAAGAGGAGACGAGAUGAAGAAGAGGGCGAAGCCACAGUCUGCGUCUCCGUGGUGAUUAGGGUGGAGCAGAAAGAGGGUGUGGCCUUGAGGAACGUGGAGGCGGGGCGCACGCUGUCAUUCAACCUCAAAACCGCUGUGAUUGGCCCGGUCGUCUGCUGGGGGCGGGAUCCAAAGAACCAUCCAAUCACAGAGCGAGAAGUCACAGCGGGAGAAAAUAAGAGGCUGAGUCUGUCGUUCUCUGGAGCGUCCUCUCGCUGGUUCCCUCUACUGCAGGACGGACGCUACUACAGACUGUUGGCUCUCGACACUCAGGAUCCGAGCGUUCUGAUUGGCUGUGCUGUUACUGGGCAGACGGGGGUGGAGCUUCAUGCUGACUCUGCCCUCCAUGUGCACCCUGAUUGGAGGUUUCACACUGUGCCCCGCCCCCAAACCACCCCUCCAGAGUCAUGUGACCUCAUCAGUUUGAGCGACGUCAUCAACUCCAGGUCAGAUCUGGUGAGUUUUUGUGGUCUGGUUUUGGAGAGAGUUGGAGUCACUGACAGGAGCCAGGACUUUGCACAUACAGGUGUGCGCCUGACGGUGUGUGACCACAGUGGGCGGAGUCUGCAGGUGUACCUGGAGCUGAGCCACGCCCCCUUCAGCCCGGGCCUGUUGCCUGGCAACACCCUGAGCCUCAGUCGUGUGCAGAGGAAGGUCUCCAGGUCGGGGACAGUGUACUGCUGUGGGGUCCCGGUCUCCUGUGUCUCUGUAAUCUCUGUUGGACAAAGUUCCACUCCGACACCACCUCCGUUUCCCAUCAUGCUCCUGGGACAGUGGGGCGAAGGGAGCGAGGUUAAUGUGGCUCGGGUCAAAGGUCAUCUGGUCUGCGUUAUGUUCCUUCAACUUCAGUGGACCUGCUCCAAGUGCGACCGAGUCUACACCACGUCGUGCAGUGGUCCUCAGUGCAGCUCCUCCUCGUCUGUGUUUCGAGCCAAAGCAAAGGUGGUGCUGGAGGACGGCACGGCGGAGGCUCACGUCUGCUUCUACAACCCUCUCGUCCGGGCUCUGCUGCGAUUGGACGAUUCACAGUGGGCGGGGCUUCAGCGGGCGCUCAAGGUCAAAGGUCAUAUCCAGGUGCAGCCCAGGGGGAGGAGCAUGUCUGUGACGGUGGACUCAGACCCCGUGUUCGUCUUCCUCCUGUGCGCGGCUCAGGACGCUCUGAUUGGCUCGGUGUCUCUCACCUGUCGCCGCCAGCGCUCGCUCCGAGGUCCAGAGCUGAGGCGGAUGGUUCGAGGAGACCGAGACUUUGUGACCAAAAUGAGGCCACCUCUACAGCUCACCUGUGUGCACCUGGAGAGAAACUGACCAAUGAGACGAGAGGGACGGACCAAUGAGACGAGAGGGACGGACCAAUGAGACGAGAGGGAGAGGAGGGACGGACCAAUGAGACGAGAGGGACGGACCAAUGAGACGAGAGGGACGGACCAAUGAGACGAGAGGGACGGACCAAUGAGACGAGAGGGAGAGGAGAGGGACGGACCAAUGAGACGAGAGGGACGGACCAAUGAGACGAGAGGGACGGACCAAAGAGACGAGAGGGACGGACCAAUGAGACGAGAGGGACGGACCAAUGAGACGAGAGGGACGGACCAAUGAGACGAGAGGGAUGGACCAAUGAGACGAGAGAGGAGAGAGACGGAACAAUGAGACGAGAGGGAGAGGAGGGACGGACCAAUGAGACGAGAGGGAGGAGAGAGAGACGGACCAAUGAGAGGAGAGAGGAGACCCAUGGACCAAUGAGAUCCUGUAAAUCUAAAAGUCCAACCAGGAAAGCGGGUGAACGAUCAUGGAGCCGAUACUGCCCCGGCUCCUUUCACUUCCGAGUCGCGGCUCAC